AUGGUGUCAAAUGGCUACAAGCAGAGUAAUGACGAUCACACGUUAUUUGUAAAGAAAGUGGGGCAGCAUAUCACAAUGUUGAUUGUCUAUGUUGAUGACAUUGUGAUUACUGGAAGUGAUACUGAAGAAGUGAAGAGGUUGAAGAAGUACCUGGGAACUGAAUUUGAAGUGAAGGAUCUAGGGAAACUUAGAUGUUUCUUAGGAAUUGAGGUUGCCCACUCAGCUCGUGGCAUCUCUGUGUCCCAACGGAAAUAUACCCUUGAUCUGCUCAAUGAAACGGGAAUGCUAGGAUGUAAGCCUGCAGACACACCACUAGAGCCUAAUACUCAUCUGAAGAGAAAGGAAGGAGAUCCAGUCGAUAAAGGCAGCUACCAGAGACUUGUUGGUCGCUUGAUAUACUUAUCUCAUACCCGACCUGAUAUAGCAUUUGCCGUAAGCUUGGUUAGUCAAUACAUGCAUGAUCCUCACUCUUCUCAUUUAGAGGCUACCUACAGAAUCUUGAGGUACUUAAAGUCUUCACUUGGAAAAGGAAUUUUAUACUUUCCUCACAACCAUACUCUAGUUGAAGCAUAUACAAAUGCUGACUGGGCUGGUUGCCCUGACGACAGGAGAUAUAUAUAG